AUCAAUGGAACUGAUCUUGGGAACUUUUACAACCACUGCUGCUUCAAUUUCUUCCCGAUCUUUAAUCAUCUCAAAAUCCCACAAAAAUCCCCCAAUCGAUUCUCAGGAGCUUCCAUGGAAGUCUCAAAAAUUGCUGAGACCAACUGAAAAGACCGGGUCUUUGGUGUCCCUUUGUCGUGUAAAUAAAGUUUACUACCAUAAAAAUGCUUCCCGGAAGAAGAAAUUUGAUCUCCAACCAGUUUGGAGGUUUAAUAAAAGAUUCACUUUUCAGCAAUGUAGCAAGAGUUUGAGUAAAUUGUCAGCAAAAUUUAAUGAAAGAUUUCUUCUUUCCUUCUGCCGGGUGGUUUGUGGAGUAAUGUUGGCUGUGACACUUUCUGCUGCUGUUAGCAAAAGUCCUUGUUGGGCCUUGAGUGAAGAAAAUCUUCUUUUUCUGGAAGCAUGGAGAACAAUUGAUAGGGCUUAUGUUGACAAAACAUUCAAUGGACAGAGUUGGUUUAGAUACAGGGAAAAUGCGCUGCGCAACGAGCCAAUGACCACUCGAGAAGAGACAUAUGCAGCGAUAAGGAAGAUGAUUUCUACUUUAGAUGACCCUUUCACCCGGUUUCUGGAGCCUGAAAAGUUCAAGAAUCUGCGGUCAGGAAUACAAAGUUCUCUGACUGGAGUAGGGCUGUCAAUUGGCUAUCCUACAGGAAAGGAUGGAUUAUCCUCUGGACUGGUAGUUAUUUCAGCUGCUCCAGGAGGUCCUGCAUAUAGAGCGGGAAUUUCUCCUGGUGAUUUGAUCCUGGCAAUUGAUGAUAAAAGUACAGAAAGCAUGACCAUUUAUGAUGCUGCUGAGCACUUGCAGGGACCUGAAGGAACAGGAGUAGACCUAACCGUACGUCAGGGUUCAGAGAUAAGGAAUGUCCCUUUGAUACGCGAGAGAGUUUCACUGAAUCCUGUGAAGUCAAAAAUUUGCAAGACUCCUGGUAUGGGGAAGGACGGCGCUCGGGUUGGAUAUAUCAAAUUAACAUCUUUCAACCAAAAUGCAUCUGGUGCAGUAAAAGAAGCAAUUGAAACUCUGAGAAAGGACAAUGUCAGUGCCUUUGUAUUAGAUCUCCGAGAUAAUAGUGGUGGUCUUUUCCCAGAAGGAAUUGAGAUUGCCAAGAUUUGGCUGGACAAAGGAGUGAUUGUGUACAUCUGUGAUAGUCGUGGUGUUCGAGAUAUAUAUGAUACAGAUGGAAGCAAUGCAGUAGCAGCUUCAGAGCCUCUAGUAGUGCUGGUGAAUAAAGGAACUGCCAGUGCAAGUGAAAUUCUGGCUGGUGCUUUGAAGGAUAAUAAGCGAGCUACGCUUUUUGGAGAACAAACUUUUGGAAAAGGCAAGAUUCAGUCUGUUUUUGAGCUAUCUGAUGGCUCUGGCUUGGCAGUAACAGUUGCUCGUUAUGAGACUCCAGCUCAUACAGAUAUAGACAAGAUUGGCAUAAUCCCGGAUUAUCGUCUUCCAGCAUCAUUUCCUAGAGAUGAUGAGAGUUUUUGCGGCUGCCUUCAGGACCCAGUCUCUGCUUGCUAUCUUGACAAAGUUAAACUCUUCGCAAGAUGACAGAAUCCUUCCAAAUGUGGUCACUUUGGAUUCUUUUGCAACUGUAGAUAUGCCGGCAGAUCGAGCUGACAAAUUACUGGUUUAACGUGCAAUCUUACAUUGUUUCUCCCCAAUUGGGAAAUACAGAAACUCCAGACUUCUCGCUUUGGGUGCGCUCUACGAGGAGUCGAAGACCCCCUUUUUUUUUUUGGCUUUUUUCUUCCUGAGAUUAGGCCCUUUGAAACUAUAGAAAGAGGAAUUGAUUGAGCCAUAAAUUGUCCGCUGAUGUACUCCAAAUCUAGAACAUUUGUCUCAUGCUGUAAUUCCCUAAGCAAAAUCCUUCAUUUGGUUGGGUGGAAUUGUUGUAACCACACUGAUACAAAUAUUAGUCCAAAACCCUGCAAGGGAGCCAGAUGUACCAUAACUUUUGGUACUGUGGAAUAUUAAAGCAAUAACUGAUUCUUCUUUC